UACCCUCACUCGGCACAUCGUAGCCGGUUAGUUCAUACCGCUAGUUGGCUGGCUCGCACUAGUUUAAUAGAAAGUAACUUCAUAUAGUAUCAGGAAAAACUACUAUACGCAGUAGGAGGGCUUCUGACUUAACUUGCGGAAACUGCAAUUUAGAAAGAUGAAGUGCACCACGGUACUCCGUAUGGUGUUCACCUGGCUGUUCGCCGUGGCCAUUCUGGCGGGGAUGAUCGCCGUGUACUCCUACGGCUUCCAGUUCGUCUCCACUCCGGACAACUACCUGUCCUUUGGGCUGUAUGGCGCCGUCUUGGCCAUCCAUCUCAUCAUACAGAGCGUCUUCGCCUUCCUCGAACAUCUUAAGAUGAAGCGUUCCUCCAACUUUCCGCCUUGUCAGGGCAAAUCCGUGGCCUUGAUGAUCGCAGCGUAUCAAGAAGACCCUGUCUUGCUACAGAAGUGUUUGGAGUCCGUUCGCGAUAUUGACUAUGAGAACUUAAAAGUUAUCAUGGUGAUAGACGGGAACUCUGAUGAUGACAUGUACAUGCGUGAUCAGUUCGUCGAUGUGUUUGGCGCCGAGAACUCGGACACGUUCGUCUGGAGGCACAACUACCACCACACCGAGCCGCUCCCCGAGAACGUCCCCGGGCUGCAGUUUGGCGCCAAGCACCUAGAAAAGCUGACGGUCCCGUCGCAACGAGACAACGGUGGUCAACUCGUACAGGACAUUAUACGGAACAAUAGAUACUCGUGUAUCAUGCAGAAGUGGGGAGGGAAGCGUGAGGUGAUGUACACGGCGUUUAGGGCGCUGGGAGAUACUGUAGACUACAUCCAAGUCUGCGACUCGGACACGAUUCUAGACGCGCAGUGCACGACAGUGAUGGCGAAGGUGUUGGACAACGACCGUUCGGUCGGGGCUGUCGGCGGGGACGUCCGCAUCUGGAACCACUCCGACUCCUGGAUCUCCUUCCUUAGCGGUCUGCGCUACUGGAUGGCCUUCAACAUCGAGCGCGCCUGUCAGUCCUACUUCAACGUGGUGAGCUGCAUCAGCGGGCCUCUCGGCUUCUACCGAAACGAUCUUCUCCAGAGUUUCCUAGAAGACUGGUACAACCAAACCUUCCUCGGCAAGCACUGCACCUUCGGCGACGACCGGCAUCUAACAAACCGCAUGCUGAGCAUCGGCUACGGCACCAAGUACACGGCCCGCUCCUUCUGUUACACCGAGACGCCCGCCCAGUACCUCCGCUGGCUCAACCAGCAGACCCGCUGGACCAAGUCUUACUUCAGGGAGUGGCUCUACAACGCCAUGUGGUUCCACAAGCAUCACCUGUGGAUGACGUAUGAAUCCAUCAUUGCUGGACUCUUCCCGUUCUUCGUAACAGUCACUGUCAUCCGACUCUUCUACACCGGACUGUGGAACAUUGUUCUCAUCCUCCUUACCAUCCAACUGGUAGGACUUGUCAAAGCCCUUUACGCUUGUAUCCUCCGUAGGAACCCAAUCAUGAUCUUCAUGUCUGUAUACUCCAUGCUCUACAUGACUAGUCUACUCCCGGCUAAGUAUUGGGCUAUCCUUACCAUCAAUAAGAACGGGUGGGGCACUAGUGGUAGGAAGAAGAUAGUCACAAACUUCAUCCCCUUGGUCCCACUUAUUGCAUGGUUUCUGAUUCUAGGCAGUGGGUUUGGGUAUUCUCUAUAUCUUGAAGUAGAAAGGCACAGGAAUGGAGUAGAUAUCUCCAGGCUCAUGUAUAUCGGUAUAGGGCUGGGUAUCUAUGCCUUCUAUUGGCUGCUCAUUUUUAUCUUCUUCACAUGGAGGCAUUGUAAGUUUAGCCGCCUUCGUAAUGGGUACGACUUCGAACAGAAGGAAAUUGAAGCCGCCAAAUCUUCCGCAGUGUCUCAGAACUACACUCCUAACAGGCGAUCAGUCUUUAUGUUGUACGAUAACGUUCCUCUGUACAACAAGACGUCGCCUCCGGCCUUGGACCUGCGGGAGAUUUCGGUCUUCAGCCCGACACGUCGCCCGUCCCUUGUACCGGUCUCUCCGGACUACGAGAGCGGGGUUCUCACGGGCGUGCCACAGUUCGUCUAUCCCGACACGAAACAAACUCGCAAGGCUAGCCUGAAACGUAGAACCUCGAUAGAGCGGUGGGAGUCACGAGCCGAACCCUCUGUCCUCAAAUCUCCCAAGUCCCCUACAUCUCCAACCUCCCCAGCCCCCCUCCCCACCCUGAGCGAAGUAGUGGUCCAACCCUCAAACAACCCUCCAGUUGUAGCCUCGGCCCCACCAAGUAACGUGCCAGUAGUAGCCUCGUCCCCAGACUACGAGCACGAUGUUUUAACAGGUGCGGGAAGGUUUUCCUUUAGGUCUAGCAAAAAGCAAGGUGUCGUGGCUACUUCAGAGGAAAGAUGGGAUAGAACAGAACAGGAGGGGGAUCAGUUGAACCGAGUUACUUCGAUACCCGGCAGGGCCCACCAAUCAAACCCCAGUAUUGUACAUGACACAAACUAUGUAGAGCAUGGGUACCAGUUUAAACAGUGAAGUAAAAUAGAAAUGAAUGGGUAAUACAAUAAGGUAAUAUGUUGAUGUGAAAGUUUAUAUCCAAGGGCUAAUUGUAAAUACACGAUAGAGCCAUAGGAGAAAUACAUGACAAUCAAUUGAUUGUAACAAUAGACUCAAACACUUACAAAUUGUGUUACGCGUACGUAUCUGAUAUGUUCUUAUACUUUAUGACUUAUUGAGUAUUUUUGCGAUUCACGAUUAAUACUUGUUUUUACAUGUCUAACCACGAAGAAACAUAGCUACCUCUAUUUUUAUACUGUUGUCAUUUUAUAUAAGGUCAAAAGCAUGUUUUACUCAGGAAAAGACGAUCUUUAAAGCCUUUAAAGCUAUCCGAAGAAUGUGUAGCAUUUAAUUCUACACAUUCUUCGGAUAGCUUUAUUGAUUUUAUACCAUAGCAAUUGUAAGAUAGAUCUACUGUCACCGACUAACAGAUAACAUACGUUAAAUCGACCCUAAGUGUAUUUACAACACUUCUGCUGUUAUGAUUAACUUAGAAAAGGAUAUUUGAAAUGUUUCACCUAAGAUAUGAUAUUGCACAGUUGUACAUGAAUAUCUAAACAUUGUACAAACCAAUGUUAUUUAUCAUUUUUAUCUAAGUUAUUUGUCAAGAAUGACUUGACUUUGUUGGUCAAGGAAUUUUCAAUACAACAACGAUAUUUUGUAUUGCAGA